CUGAUGGAUCGUGAUGGGUGACCAACUGCCCGGGUCCUAACUUGCCUCUAGCAUGGCUGAGGUUAAGUUGCUGAGGAAGGGGGAGGUUUGCUCCUUUCCCCCACCUGCUCGCUUGCCUUCGCGCUUGUGCUCGGAGUUACAGUACCCCCUCUGGUUAUUGCGUAGUAAUUGCUUUUCCGCUUCCUUCUUACUGUUCUCUCUCUUGCUCCAACCUCGCUUGCGCUGCUCUCUCUUCUGCCUACCCUCCACCUUCCCCAACUCCACCUUUGUGACUGGUACUAUUAUCUCGUUAUCAUCUUAUUGUACCGGCUCGCCCUUGGCCGUUGUAUUUCUUUUUCUUUUCUUGCAAUCCCAUUUUGCGCUGGCCCGUGUCCACUAAGUUGGUCGGAACCGAUUAGCCGGGUAUGAUGAUGAAGCACGGGUAUAAUAUUAUGUAAUGCAAUACAAUACAAGGGCUUCGGCCAACUCCGCUACAA